AUAUAACUUUCUAUGCUGUAAAAUAAUUCCAGCAUCUUAUCGCACAUUGAUAACUGUGGCAAUGAAGUCUCUGAUUCUCCUGUACUUGCUGGCUGCCUGCGCCUUCGUGGCGUUUUGCAAACCCACCUCCGAGAAAAAGGACAGGGUGCAUCACUCCGUUGACCUGGGUGAGCGGGAUCCCGCGGAUCAGAAGGGCUUCCAGUUCGAUCACGAGGCGUUCCUGGGGAAAGAAUUCGCCAAGACAUUCGACCAACUCACUCCGGAGGAGAGCAAAGAAAGACUUGGGAAAAUCGUUGACCGGAUUGACCAGGACAAGGACAACCUGGUCACCGCUGAGGAGCUGACCACCUGGAUCAAACGCGCACAGAACAGAUACAUCGACGAGAACGUCAAUAAGAACUGGAAAGAGUACGACAGUAAUCAAGACGGGAAGGUGUCAUGGGAUGAGUACAAGAAUGCAACGUACGGGUACUAUCUGGGUGAAGAAUUCAACGAUGUGGAGGACAAGGAGGCUUACAAAAAGAUGUUUAGGAGAGAUGAGCGCAGAUUCAAGAUGGCGGACAAAGAUGGUGACCUGAUCGCCACGCGAGAGGAGUUCACCGCGUUUCUUCACCCGGAGGAGUUUGAUUACAUGAAGAGCAUUGUAGUCACAGAAACCAUUGAAGACAUCGACAAAGAUGGUGAUGGGAUGGUUGAUUUGAAAGAAUACAUCAGUGACAUGUACACACCUGAAGAAGGUGAGCCAGAACCCGAAUGGGUGAGGAAUGAAAAGGAGCAGUUCCGAGACUUCCGUGACACAAACAAAGAUGGAAAAAUGGACCACAGCGAGAUUGAACGUUGGAUUCUCCCCGGGGAUUAUGAUCAUGCAGAGUCCGAGGCCAAACAUCUUAUCCAUGAGUCUGAUAAAAACCAGGAUGGCAAACUUUCAAAAGAAGAAUUCUUGGAGAACUACCGCAGAUUCGUAGGGAGUGCUGUUACAGAUUACGGAGAGAUGAUGGUCAAGCAUGAUGAAUUUUAGUCCAAGCACGAUCUCUCACAGUGCACCUCGUCCCACUGUUGCUGUUUGUAAGAGUUUCCUGUAAUCUGGGGGUGGGGGGGGUCUUUAAUUUGCCUGAAUUCUUGUAAUCUCUAAUUUAUUUCUUUGAAUGGAGAUCUUUGUCGCAGCCGUUGGUCCUGAUACAUUUGACAUCGCGCUGCUUUACCACUUCUGAGAGCUAUGUUGGAGCCAGGUUUAGGGGGUGAUGGUUUUGGCAGUCUCAUGCUUAAUUUAGGGGGAGGAAUUGAUGGAAUGGAGAGGGGAGCGGGUGAUUGGAUGGGAGUGGAGGAGAGAAGAGAGGAAUCCAUCACUUGUGAGGUUGGGACAUUGUUGGCAUAGCGUAAAGGGAAUGUUACGAGGAAGAUGGUUGUGUAGUGGUAAUAUCACUGGAUUAGUAAUCUAGAGACCCAAGCUAAUGCUGUGAGGACAUUGGUUCAAAUCCCACCAUGGCAGCUGGUGGAAUUUGAAUUCAAUUAAUAAAGUCUAGAAUUGAAAGCCAGUUUCAGUGAACCAUGAACCAUAGCCUACACGUGACUCCAGACCCGCAGCAAUGUAGUUGGCUCUCAAGGGCAACAAAUUCUGGCCCACUUUUUUUUUUAAAAAACUCUGCAUCUAACCCUCCCGUAUCAGAUGGGCAGAGCUGAUCUUGAUACAGGGUCACCUAGAGAAACCGUUCCAGUCCCCAGCAUCAAGAUUCUGAUCUGGUGCAAACCAGCAGGAUUUUUCACGCACACACCGCCACCGCCCCCCUCCACCAAUCCCCUCCCCAAAUAACUCGUUCCCAACAACUGCCUCCUCAAUGAAGCGCCGUAGCUCAACCGAGCUAAAACUUUAUAAGCUAAGUUAAGAUAUAACAUUAUUUCUCACACUGGGUUCCGAAAGGAUUGUGGACGCUGUGUAAUUUAGUCCCAGGGUCACUCAAGAUCUGUGCAAGGAUUUGCUGAUCUAGCUCUCUCCUGAAGAGAAAAUAAAAUCACUCAAUCUGACCCAUGGUACGAUUCUGUGAUGCAACCACCCAUUCCCAUCACAGUGCUGGCCAAAUGCUGUUAGGCAGCAGUUAUUUAUGCAGUAUUCCAUGUGCAAUAGCCAGUUGACAUCAUGGCCAGCUCUAACGUUUUUUGUGUUUGAGCACAGGACAGUGUUAACUCAAGAGUCCCUGGUAACGAUUGUGGAACAAUAACACACAAAGUAGCACCUUUUAGCUUAGACGCAGUGCAAGGAAAAUGGAGGUGGAAGAUUGCCAUGAUCUUGUUGAAUGGUGGAUCAGGCUCAGGGGCUGAAUGGCCUACUCCUGCUGCUAUUUCCUAUGUCCUGUGGAGCUGAACCUAUGAUGGGACACCUCUCUACUUAUACUAAUAGUAUUGAGAACCUACGCUUAUCUAAUUAGGUAAUAGGAUUAAGUCAUUCAUCCCUUUGAGCCUGUUCCUCUAUUCAGUUAAAUCAUGGCUGAUCGGUCCCUCAACUCCAUUUACUCACCUUUUGCCCCCGUCCCAUACCCAACAUAAAUCUAUUACAGAGUUUUACAGCAUGGAAGGAGGCCCAUCAUGUCCGUGUCAGACAUCAAGCCCCUAUCUACUCUAAUCCCAUUUUCCAGCACUUGGCCCAUAGCCUUGUAUGCUACGGUGUUUCACGUGUUCAUAUAAAUACUUCUUAAAUGUUUCGAGGGUUCCCACCUCUGCCACCCUUCCAGGCAGUGAGUUCCAGAUAUCCCCUCCCUCUGGGUGGAAAUUUUUUUCCUCAAAUCCCCUCUAAA